AUAGUACACGUCGUGGCCUUCCUUACAGCCUUCGCCCUGAUCCUUCUCAACGCCUCAUCCCUCUAUCUCGGGGGUGACAUGCCAGGCACGAUUGAUAGAGACUCGGAGAAAUUGUUCGGCUUGCUGUUUGCGGCCAAGAUACAUGAGCUGUUGAUGCUCGCCUCCGUAGGAUCUAUUCUCGGCGCGUACAUCCGUAUGGAGCUGAGCCGCGACAACUCUACUGGACUUCCUUUUGGUGCUCUCUUCUCCCCCUUUCAGUUCCAAAACCUCUCCUUUCUCUUCUCUUCGGAAAUGGCCGGUGUCUACUUCCACGAUUGGAAAAAGACUCGGCGCCAGGCUCUCUUCAUCGGUCUGGUCGUCGCAUGCUGUAUUCUCGGCGUGUCUGUUGGGCCCUCCUCAGCAACGCUGAUGCGCCCGCGUCUUGACACUUGGGCCGCUGGAGGCACAACAUUCUGGGUGAAUAUCACAGAGGACGAACUCUACCCUAAGGCCAUUGCCAACUCUGCAGGCCUUUCAAGUUGCCUCGUCGACUCUGGGGACUUGUCGUGCCCUGUGGGGAACUGGCAAAUCUUGGACCAGGCCUUCUUUUCGUAUUGGCCACAGCUGAAGAUGCAAAGCCCUGAGCAUGGCCCCGAGAGUAUGCCAGGCUACAUGAUAGUUCAGAGUCGAUAUUCUGGGCGGGAUUUCCGGAUCAAAUCCAGUGGCCGCAUGAUUUGGGCUGCUAAGAAUACUCUUGCGUCCGUUCCUCUGUCCCCGCUUGCCGACGCUGUUGCCGAGUUGGGCCGCCUCUGGUCCAUUGCCGCUGCAUCGGCUUCCGACAUAAAGUACAAGUAUCGUCAGGAAGCCUACUUCACGCUCGAAGCUCUCCAACCAGUCGUGAUGACCAGAUGCCAAUCAAACGGGUUUCCUGUCCUCGAUAGCAUGUCAGACUCAGAGCCGUACAACCAGACUAUCUCUGAGGAUUCUGCGGGGAUUGACCCUAUACCCGCCAUCGCUUGGCUCGAUGACAAACCGCUCAUGGACAGAUUGAAUAGUUCGGUAGCUGCAGUAGUUACCAUCCCUGGGAGUGGAGAAUUGUCGCCAUCUACCCAAUUCUGCAGCAUUAAGGCUGUCUUCGCCCCUUCGAGUUACCAGGCGAAGUGGAGCAGGCAGAAGGUUGUCACCGGUUGGCCCAGCGGUAUUGAGGAUGAGGAUUUCUUAGACUCCAGCUUUCAAGCAAUUACAGUCGACGCGUCAUGGGCUCGCUAUCUCAACCCGAGAAUCUCAGGAACAAACAACACCGUCUUGGCCAGCAUAUUGAGAUCCGCGGGACUUUGGAGCGCAGGGACUCCGUCUCAGGGGUGGGACGGAGAAAUUGUAGAAAGCGUCCUAGCCGCACUCAUAGCCAACGGUAUAUCCCGGGCGCAAUACAACGCAACAUUCGGCCUGGAGCUACUCAAAGCGAAGUGGACAGAGGAGAUGGUAUCUCAGAAGUCAAGAAUCUGGGCCGCCAAUGAUACCAACCUGGGCCAUGUAUUCAACAAUCCGGAAGACCCGGGCAGACGAACGAAGCUCAAGUUCUAUGCCACUGUCCACGGAUAUUCUUACAACUUGGUUGGAAAGGCGCAGCUGUUGACAGUGGUGAUACUCAUCCUGUACAUGUGUCUUGUUAUCAGCCACCUUGGGGUAUUUAUGGCCACAGGCCGGUCAUGGGCUGGCUGGAACUCGCUACCUGAGGCAAUUGCAGUCAUUGCGUAUAGAAUGCCAGGCAACACACUAGGACAAGUUCUUAGGCAGGUUGGAGGUAAGGAUGGAUUACUUGAGGGGUAUUGUGAGUUGGUAAAGUGGUAG